CCCGGAAGUGCUGUCGUUCCGUUCAGAGUGAAAGUGCUGCUGUUGAAAAUGAGGUGUUGGCGUGUGUGAGCGAGAAAUGGUUCCUGAACAUGGACAGCAGCAGAAAAGCUCGUUGCAGGCGCCCGACAGUGCAGGCGAGGUGGACGGAUCAUUCUUGUUUGAAGCUCAGGAGGCCUGGAAAGAUUUCCAUCAUUCUCUCUGGCAGUUCUAUGAGAACGGAGAGCUCUGUGACGUCACACUGAAGGUGGGGAACAGAUUGAUACCAUGUCACAAACUCGUUCUGGCCUGCGUCGUGCCGUACUUCCGUGCCAUGUUCCUCUCAGACAUGGCCGAGGCCAAACAGGACCUGAUUGAAAUCCGCGAUUUCGACGCCGACGCCAUCCAGGACCUGGUGCGCUUCGCCUACUCCUCGCGACUGACGCUGACGGUGGAUAACGUUCAGCCGCUGCUGUACGCCGCGUGUAUCCUGCAGGUGGAGCUGAUCGCGCGCGCCUGCUGCGAGUACAUGAAAGCUCAUUUUCACCCGUCGAACUGUCUGGCCGUUCGCACAUUUGCAGAGAGUCACAACAGAGUGGAUCUGAUGGACAUGGCCGACCGUUACGCGUGUGAACAUUUCAGCGAGGUGGUGGAGUGUGAAGAUUUCAUCAGUGUCUCUCCGCAGCACCUGAAAACGCUCCUGUUCUCCAGUGACCUCAACAUUCAGUCUGAAACUCAAGUGUACAACGCUGCCGUGAAGUGGCUCAAAUCGAACCCCAAACACCACGACAUCUGGCUCGAUCAGAUCAUGUCUCAGGUUCGUCUUCCUUUGCUGCCAGUGGAUUUCCUCACGGCUACCGUCGCUAAAGAGGAAAUGAUCAAAGCCAACUUGAACUGCAGAGACCUUCUAGAUGAAGCCAGGAAUUAUCACCUGCACCUCAGCAACAAGUGCGUUCCAGACUUUGAGUAUUCCAUCCGUACAACACCGCGCAAACACACCGCAGGUGUGCUGUUCUGUGUGGGGGGCCGGGGCGGUUCUGGCGAUCCGUUCCGCAGCAUCGAGUGUUACUCCGUCAGUAAAAACAGCUGGUUCUUCGGGCCUGAAAUGAACAGCAGACGGCGACACGUGGGCGUGAUUUCAGUGGCAGGGAAAGUUUACGCUGUCGGAGGUCAUGACGGCAACGAGCACCUCGGGAACAUGGAGAUGUUUGAUCCGCACACUAACAAGUGGAUGAUGAAAGCGUCGAUGAACACAAAACGGAGGGGGAUCGCACUGGCUGCUCUUGGCGGUCCCAUCUACGCUAUCGGUGGUCUGGAUGAUAACUCCUGUUUUAAUGAUGUGGAGCGUUAUGAUAUUGAGUCGGAUUGCUGGAGCGCCGUCGCCCCAAUGAACACACCCAGAGGAGGCGUCGGGUCUGUGGCGCUCGGGGGUUAUGUUUACGCAGUUGGUGGAAAUGACGGCGUUGCAUCGUUGUGCAGCGUCGAGCGAUUCGAUCCUCAUCUGAACAAAUGGACAGAUGUGAGAGAAAUGGGCCAGCGACGCGCCGGAAACGGUGUCAGUGAGCUCAACGGGUGCCUAUAUGUUGUUGGUGGUUUUGAUGAUAAUUCUCCAUUGAGCUCCGUUGAGCGGUUUGAUCCCAGAAUGCACCGCUGGGAGUAUGUAGCUGAGUUGACCACGCCCAGGGGUGGAGUUGGUGUUGCCUCAGUGAUGGGGUGUGUCUUUGCAGUGGGCGGGCACAAUGGAAACAUCUAUCUGAAUACAGUGGAAGCAUUUGAGCCCCGAAUGAACAGAUGGGAGUUAGUGGGCUCAGUGUCUCACUGUCGGGCCGGCGCGGGGGUCGCCGUCUGUUCCACACACAUCAGUCAGAUUCGAGAUGUCGGUCAGGGCUCCAGUAAUGUCGCUGACUGCAUGUAGCCACAAUGACACGAUACACAGACUC